AUGACUUCCAGGGCACCCACCUUCACCUACAAGGCGGCUCACAUCUUCUUCAUCGACAGAUGUCAAGAGUCUCUGUUCAAGGAGCUGAGCAAGUCAUGGAUCACUAAAGCCAUCAAAACCCUCAAGGAGAUCAAUGUGGCCUUCCUUCCCUAUGAGAGCCAGGUGUACUCCCUGGACAGGCCACAGACCUUCCCCAACUGCUUCAGCUCCCACCGCUCCUCGGACAAGAACAAGCAGCUGGAGAUGCUGGCAGAGCAGAUUGCCACAUUGUGUGAAACCCUGAAGGAGUAUCCAGCCAUCCGCUACAGGAAGGACCAUGAAGAUAACUUCCUCCUGGUGCACGCUGUGCUGGCCAAACUCAAGGCAUUCAAGGCAUACGAGCCCAGCAUGGGAGAGGGCCCCGACAAAGCCCGCUCUCAGCUGCUGAUUGUGGACCGGCGCUUCGACCUGGUGUCCCCACUGCUGCACGAGCUCACCUACCAGGCCAUGGCCUACGACCUACUCAGCAUCGAGAACAACACCUACAAGCAGGGCCUGGCUGCCAGCAGCGGGCGCCCCGCACUCCUCCUCAGGUAUGAGAUGACGGGCAUCAGCAACUCUCGGGAGAAGGAGGCGCUGCUGGACGAAGACGAUGAACUCUGGGUGCAGCUAUGCCACAUGCACAUCGCUGACGUCUCCAAGAAGGUGACGGAGCUGCUGCGCACCUUCUGUGAGAGCAAGAGGCUGACCACGGACAAGACCAACAUCAAGGACCUGUCUCAGAUCCUGAAGAAGAUGCCCGAGUACCAGAAAGCGCUGAACAAGUACUCCACGCACCUGAACCUGGCCGAGCACUGCAUGCGGCACUUCAAAGGGACGGUGGAGAAACUGUGCAGCGUGGAGCAGGACCUGGCCAUGGGGAUGGACGUGGAUGGGGAGAUGAUCAGGGACCCCAUGAAGAUCAUCCUGUCCGUCCUGCUGGACCUCAGCACGCAGGCCUAUGACAAGAUCCACAUCAUCCUGCUCUACAUCUUCCUGAAGAACGGUGUGAGCAAAGAGAACCUCACCAAGCUGAUCCAGCAUGCCAACAUCCAGCAGCAGGGCAACAUCAUCAACAACAUGCAGUUCCUGGGCACCUCCCUCAUGCCUGAGGACAUCAUUGAGGACAAACUGGACAAGAAGCUGUGGCCCUUCGUGUCAGACCCGGUCCCUGCCACCAUCUCCCUGGCUGCUGUCAGCUAA